UCCCGCCGAGGAGGAGGCGGCGGCUGGGUGCGGGCCGCGCCGCUCAGGUGUCCGCUCCGCCCUCUGGUCUGGAUUUGGUUCUGCGUAUCUGGCGAGAAGGGGCCUCCCACACCUCGCGCGAUUGCUUGGCCGCAGCGCGGCGCGGACUUUUACCGGAGGCGGGUCCGUCAGUCCCGGCGGCGGACCGACGGGCCGAUACCGGGGAAGGAGGGCGGCGGCCUCGGCGGAGGCGGGUCCCGAACUCCGGAGGCAGCGGCGCGGCUUUGGGGGCGAGCAUGAGCCCCCGGGGGCCGAGAGGGGGCCGCAGGGGCUGACCCGGCAGGGGAACGGCCUGGCCCAGCCAUCUUGACUGCGCACCGCGGCCCGUAAGGAAACUUGCUGCGCCGCCGCCCUCUGUGCCCGGCAAAGUCACCGGCGCCGGCGCCGCGCGGAGAAGUGGCCCGGCGCGCGGGAGAGAAAGCGAGCGAGGGACGGACGAUGAGCCGGGGCCAGCCUCGCUGCUCCGCGAGGACUGAGCUCGACCGGGAGUGAGCAGGGAGACCCUCGGGGACUGGCGUGCACUCCUGCAGCCGCCCUCGUCUCCCCGGAGCGGCGGAAAGGAGGUGCGGACCGCGCCGUGUGGACGCGUCCCGCGAAGGGACUAGGUUACCGGCAGAUCCCCUCCCGUGAGAGGCAGAAGAGAGAGCAGCAGGACACCCGCCCUCCUCUUCUCCGGCCCUCUCGCCGGAUCCCCCGGCGCCCCUCCGCGCGCCGCCUGGAGGGCGAGGGCUCAGGGCUGAGGCGCGCAGCAUGGAGUGGGGUUACCUGUUGGAAGUGACCUCGUUGCUGGCCGCCUUGGCGCUGCUGCAGCGCUCGAGCGGCGCGGCGGCCGCCUCGGCCAAGGAGCUGGCGUGCCAGGAGAUCACCGUGCCACUGUGCAAGGGCAUCGGCUACAACUAUACCUACAUGCCCAACCAGUUCAACCACGACACGCAGGACGAGGCGGGCCUGGAGGUGCACCAGUUCUGGCCGCUGGUGGAGAUCCAGUGCUCGCCCGACCUCAAGUUCUUCUUGUGCAGCAUGUACACGCCCAUCUGCCUGGAGGACUACAAGAAGCCCCUGCCUCCCUGUCGCUCCGUGUGCGAGCGCGCCAAGGCCGGCUGCGCGCCCCUCAUGCGCCAGUACGGCUUCGCCUGGCCCGACCGCAUGCGCUGCGACCGGCUACCCGAGCAGGGCAACCCCGACACGCUGUGCAUGGACUACAACCGCACCGACCUCACCACGGCCGCGCCCAGCCCACCGCGCCGCCUGCCGCCGCCACCUCCCGGCGAGCAGCCGCCCUCCGGCAGCGGCCACGGCCGCCCUCCAGGGGCCAGACCCCCUUCCCGCGGCAGGGGCGGCGGCAGUGGGGACGCGGCGGCGCCCCCCACGCGCGGCGGCGGCGGGAAGGCGCGGCCCCCUGGCGGCGGCGCAGCGCCGUGCGAGCCGGGCUGCCAGUGCCGCGCGCCCAUGGUGAGCGUGUCCAGCGAGCGGCACCCGCUCUACAACCGCGUCAAGACCGGUCAGAUCGCCAACUGCGCGCUGCCCUGCCACAACCCUUUCUUCAGCCAGGACGAGCGCGCCUUCACCGUCUUCUGGAUCGGCCUGUGGUCUGUGCUCUGCUUCGUGUCCACCUUCGCCACGGUCUCCACCUUUCUCAUCGACAUGGAGCGCUUCAAGUACCCCGAGCGGCCCAUCAUCUUCCUCUCGGCCUGCUACCUCUUCGUGUCUGUCGGCUACUUGGUCCGCCUGGUGGCGGGCCACGAGAAGGUGGCGUGCAGCGGCGGCGCGCCGGGCGCGGGCGGCGCGGGGGGCGCGGGGGGCGCGGCGGCGGCCGCCGCCGCGGGCGCGAGCGCGGCGGGCGCGGGCGCGGGCGGCGCGGGCGGGCGCGGGGAGUACGAGGAGCUGGGCGCCGUGGAGCAGCACGUGCGCUACGAGACCACCGGCCCGGCGCUGUGCACAGUGGUCUUCCUGCUCGUCUACUUCUUCGGCAUGGCCAGCUCCAUCUGGUGGGUGAUCCUGUCGCUCACGUGGUUCCUGGCGGCGGGCAUGAAGUGGGGCAACGAGGCCAUUGCGGGCUACUCUCAGUACUUCCACCUGGCCGCGUGGCUCGUGCCCAGCGUCAAGUCGAUCGCCGUGCUGGCGCUCAGCUCCGUGGACGGCGACCCGGUGGCCGGCAUCUGCUACGUGGGCAACCAGAGCCUCGACAACCUGCGCGGCUUCGUGCUGGCGCCGCUCGUCAUCUACCUCUUCAUCGGCACCAUGUUCCUGCUGGCCGGCUUCGUGUCGCUCUUCCGCAUCCGCUCGGUCAUCAAGCAGCAGGGCGGCCCCACCAAAACGCACAAGCUGGAGAAGCUCAUGAUCCGCCUGGGUCUGUUCACCGUGCUCUACACUGUGCCCGCCGCCGUCGUGGUCGCCUGCCUCUUCUACGAGCAGCACAACCGCCCGCGCUGGGAGGCCACGCACAACUGCCCGUGCCUGCGGGACCUGCAGCCGGACCAGGCGCGCCGGCCCGACUACGCCGUCUUCAUGCUCAAGUACUUCAUGUGCCUCGUCGUGGGCAUCACCUCGGGCGUGUGGGUCUGGUCGGGCAAGACGCUCGAGUCGUGGCGCGCCCUGUGCACCCGCUGCUGCUGGGCCAGCAAGGGCGCCGCGGGGGGCGGGAGCGCGGGCGCCGCGGCCGCGGGGGGCGCCGGCGGGCCGGGGGGCGGCGGGGGCGCAGGGCCCGGCGGGGGCGGGGGGCAGGGCGGCGGGGCGGGCUCUCUCUACAGCGACGUCAGCACGGGCCUGACGUGGCGCUCUGGCACGGCCAGCUCCGUGUCUUAUCCAAAGCAGAUGCCGUUGUCCCAGGUCUGAGCGGAGGG